GGUCCAUAUCCUAUUGAAUGACAGGAAAAUGGAACAACGUCGAAUUAGAAUUCGGUAAAGAGACAUUUCAGAGAUGAUUGAAGCAAAUAAUUAAAAAAAGUUCAGUUUGAAUGUUUCAUGAAGGCCUAACCCUUUUGCAUAAAUAAAAUCAAUUUUCAAGUAACAUAAAGGAAAAAACGCCAAGUAUUAAUUUAAAACUGAGUCUUUUGCUUUGAUCAUCGAAUAAAGCGGAUUUUAUCUAUUAAUAUUUUUACGUACAUAUUAUUAUUAUUGUAAUUAUUAUUAUAUUAUACAAAUAAUUCAGCUUUUAAAGCAUAGUCAUGUAAAUAAAAAAUAAUCAUACAUUGCAUAAAGUGAGACCAGGAAUAAGUAAAUUUAACGAAACUAAAAUCAAUAUUAAAACACAAUAGAAGUAAAAAACUGUCAAGUGUUGAUCAUUUGCAAGGAAGCUUCUUUAAAACAUCUACAUAUAAAUUAAACGAAAUUCAUCCAAAAUGUCAUCGUCUGAAUUACUUGAAUCACUGUCGUGUGCUACACCAGAUCCUUGUGACAACAAUUCAAUCAGUACGAUAUCAUCAACUUCAACAGAAAAUAUAUUGUCUAUUGAGGAAAAAAAUGAAAACAUAGAAGCCGGUAAACUCAUUAAUAAUAACCAUAUUAAAGGAGAACAACCUUCUGAGUUGACACAAGAAAAUUUUUCGGCUUCUGCAACCGCAAAAAAUGGCAUACCGUUGGAAAUCGAAAACGAUUCUGAUAAUCAGUGUACAAUUUGCAGAAACAAGUACGAUAUGCCUCGUGUGCUAUCCUGUUUACAUGUGUUUUGUGAAAAGUGUCUCAAUACUUUGGGUUCCUCCGAUGAAAAAGGUUAUUUGACAAGCGAUGAAAAUUUAUGUAUAGAUUGCCCCAUUUGUAAACAAUCAACAAAGAUUGGAAAAGGUGGAGUUGCAUCCCUUCCUCCAAACUAUAUCCAUACGAAUAUUAUAGAUAUUUCCACUAUAGAUCCAGCAUUGUUAGCCUGUACAUCUUGUAAAAGCAAGGAAAUUGCAAUAUCUCGUUGCACUGAUUGUGCUAACUUUCUAUGCGGUAGUUGUGAUAAUGCGCACCAAUACAUGCGAUGUUUUGAAGAUCAUAAUGUAGUAAAGUUGGAUGAUAUACGUCAAUCUUCGGAAAAAAUAUCGAUACAUAAGACAUUGUAUUGUGCAACUCAUUUAACGGAAACUUUAAAGUACUUCUGCUUCAAUUGUCAAACGACACUGUGCAAUGAGUGUCUUUUAACAGAGCACAAAGGACCUGAACAUAAUUAUGAGAUUAUCAGUGAAGCGGAAAAGCGUAUGAAAAAAGAAGUUCAAAAUUUGAUGAUGGAGGCUCGUACUAAAUUUGAUUAUUGUGAACAAGCGACAACAAACCUCGAUUCAUAUUUACAACAACUUCAAAGUCAACACGAUUCAGCAAAAUUAAAAAUUAAAGAUUCGUAUGAAAGCUUUAAAGCAAUUUUGGACAAAUGUUAUGAAGACACUCUGAAAAAUGUGGCUGUCUUACAUUCUGAGCGUGAACUUAAAGUGAUGGAAUUGUUCCAUAACAUUGAAAAGAGUGCAGAACAAAUAGACAAUGCUUGUAAUUUUACCAAAAUUGUGCUCAACCAGGCAAACGGACCUGAAUUUUUAAGCUUAAAGAAAACGAUAACUUCGCAAUUUCUCAAUUUAAUCAACACUAUACCCAAAGCCGAUGUACAUUAUUUUCUAGAAUUUACUUCCAACCACGAGAAAUUUAACCAAUUAAUAAGAGACUCUUUCGGUCAUAUACGGACUGAGUCCUCACCUCCUAGUCCGAAAGAAAGCACUCCGCCUCCAACUUUGCCAGGAAUGCCGCCAAUAUUAACAAUUAAAAACUCGCAGUCAUGCGUCAAUUCUCAGAGUGCUCUUACUGGUUCUGUAACCGCAAGCAGUCCAAUAUCUUUACCGACGUCAAUGCAAUCUUCAUUUGAUGGUGAUAUAUCAGCCAUAGGAUCCGGCUACGUUUUACCAAGCAGCGUUAUGACUCCUGACUCUCUAACUAAUCAUUCGUCAACAAAUACUAUUUUUCCUACAGUAAACAAUAUUGGAAACACCUCAAAUAAUAUAUCAGGCUUAUCAAGCAUUGCAGAAUACAACUUACAUCGUCUUGCUAAUAUAGCAGAAAAUACCGUUGAUAUUUCUGAGACCCUAGUUACACCAUCCCCAACAUCUUCUCAAUUCACCUUGGCAGAUUUGAUUUCCGGUGAUCAAAAUGCAUUCAAUAGUCUUCAAGCUUUGGCUGAAAUCGGAUUGGGAAACACUGAUUUUGGACCAGCUGCUCGUCCUCUACAAAAUAGCUCGUCUUCAAGUUUACUUACCGACUAUUCAAGUACAAUGGUUAAUGCUCCAUCCCCUCUUACUCCGCAUCCAGGGUUAAAUGACGAAGUUCUCAAUUCAUAUCAACAAUCAGUUAAUGCAGCUGGCCGCAUGAAAGCAACUCCUAUGCACAUUCGUUGUAAAUUCGGAUCUUUAGGUCCUUCUAAAGGACAAUUUAAUGCACCUCAUGGCUUUUGUUUGGGUCUAGAUGAGGAAAUUAUUGUGGCAGAUACAAACAAUCACCGCAUUGAAAUUUUUGAAAAGAAUGGAACUUUUAAGUUUCAAUUUGGUGUUCCAGGAAAAGAUGAAGGUCAAUUAUGGUACCCACGGAAAGUAGCUGUUAUGCGUAAUAAUAGUCGCUUUGUUGUUUGUGAUCGAGGAAAUGAGAGAUCACGAAUGCAAAUUUUCACUAAAAGUGGUCAUUUUAUGAAAAAAAUUGCAAUUAGGUACAUCGAUAUUGUUGCAGGACUAGCAGUCACAAACAGUGGUCAUAUUGUUGCGGUAGAUUCCGUCUCACCUACUGUAUUUAUUAUCAGUGAAGAUGGAGAUUUAUUGCACUGGUUUGAUUGUAGCGACUUUAUGCGUGAACCAUCCGAUAUUGCAGUUCAUGAAAAUGAUUUUUACAUAUGCGACUUCAAAGGACACUGUGUGGCUGUUUUUUCUAAAGAGGGAAAAUUUAAGUAUCGCAUAGGAAAUGAAAAGGUUACUUGCUUUCCUAAUGGUAUUGACAUAUCAGAUGCAGGUGACAUUUUAAUUGGAGACUCACACGGAAAUCGGUUUCAUGUGGCUUGUUACUCAAGAGAAGGUAUUUUGCAGUCUGAAUUUGAAUGUCCUCAUGUAAAAGUAUCUCGUUGUUGCGGUCUUAAAAUUACAUCAGAAGGAUAUGUAGUAACUUUAGCUAAGAACAAUCAUCAUGUGCUUGUUUUAAAUACUCUUUACAUUCAAUGAUUGUCUUAUGAGAGUUAAAACAAAAGGAAGACAAUAUAUCUGAAAUUAGUCUUCAGAUAACAAUUGGUUCAAUGAUCUCUUUAUUUCUUUUUAAAUAUCAAAUAUUUAAAUUAUUUGUCAUUUUUAAUAUUGUAAGUGUUUUAAUUUUAAUUUUAAAAUCAGAAAUGGGUUAAAAAUUUUGUAUUGAGUCGUGUUUUUUAAAUUUUCAACAGACCCAUAAUAUUACGUUUCUUAAAUGCCAAAUUUUGUUUUAAAUUUUGAAGCUAUUUUAAUCAAAACGAUAAAAAACAAUGUUUUACAAUUGUUUGGUUACAGAAGCUCUAAUUAAUACAAUAUAAUGAUAUCGUAUAAAUUGUUAAAAUUAUUUUUGAACAAAAACGUAUGUACAAAAUAAUAAAUCGAAAAAAUGUUUUGCAUUAUGUUCAUCCCAUAGUUUAAAUAUAAUAUAAUAUUCAUAUUGUUAAAUGUUGGACA